AUGGUCUGCAAGACGCGCAGACCAGCCCGGGUGCUGGUCAUCAACCCCAACACGAGCGCCUCCCUUACCAAAAGCUUCGAACCGGUUCUCGCAAGCCUCAGCUUGCCUGACACGACGCUCACAUACUGGACGUGUCCGACGGGCCCAUCCCUCAUCAAAACACAAGCCGACAUGUACGAAAGCGCAUCACACUGCAUACCUCUGCUCCGCGCCAUGGCAGACGACUUUGACGGGUUCCUGGGAGCGUGCUACGCUGACCACCCCGUCGUCCGCCUGCUGCAGUCAUACGUUGGCAGCAAGCCCGUCGUGGGCAUCUUUGACGCGAGCAUACUGGCAGCCCUGCAGCUCGUGGGCCCGAGCACGAGGUUCGGCAUUGUGACGACGGGUGUGGCGUACGAAGAGCUGCUAUCCGAAGGCGUCAGGCACUUGCUGCAACGCGACGAGGAGGUGCUUGCCAAGUUCGGAGGUGUUGCAGCCUCGGGAGUCGGCCUGAUGGACCUUCAACCAGGAUCGGAAGCCGGCGCUCGAGAGAAGAUUAUGGGUGCCACGUGCCGACUCUUGACGACAAAAGAAGGCGAGGAUAACAUCGAGGUCGUUAGUAUGGGCGGCGUCAUCCUCACGGGGAUGGAACGCUGGGUUCACGAAGCCAGCGAGCUCGCAUUGGGUGUCGAAGCCGGCAGGAGGAUCAAGGUCAUCGACCAGCUGCUCGCAGGCAUGUUGACGCUCGACGCUCUUCUCCAAGGUAAAUCGAUACACUCGGUAGACUAUAGCCAAGUAUUGAGCCCCUUCUACCUCAAGGCAGCUGCCUCCAUCUCGAGGCAGCUAGAUACUGGCAAGAAGGGAGGGGAGGUGGUACGUGCCUUCCGAGGACAGACGGGCAGCCGGCCCAAGCAGCGGUUGAGGCCCGGAUCCAAGGACGACACCGUAGUCAAAGACUAUGCGAGUCUCAAGGGCCAGUCCCUCCUCAAGGAGACCCUGGGCCACCAGAACCGCCAGUCUAGUGCCAUUAUCGGCGCAACAACGGACUUUGACCCUUCUCUGACACACGCCUUGUCAUGGAACGCCAAAGGAGAGUGCCCGUCGUUUCAAGCACAGCACAUUCUCCGUCGGGCGAAUCAAAAUGUCCACUUCGUCAUGAGGCCCGACACGCAGGAUGAAAUGGACGCCGAGCUCACAAACCUCGAUGCGAUUGAAGACUUUGUGUCGCCUCACGGUCCUGAGCUCGUUAACCUGUAUUUCCGCAUCGUCCACCCGAGCUUCCCCAUCCUCCACAAAAAGGUCUUUCUCGAGAAGUACGGUCGCAGCUACCGUGAAUUGACGCCGACAGGACUGGGAGCCGUCUACAUUAUGGCGCUGAACUGGUGGUCCUAUAGCCCUGCGCUCUCCAGCAUGUCGAAACCGGAUGCUCAUGUGCUCGAGAGCAAAGUCCUGAAGAUGCUGUUCGAGGUCCACAAGAGGCCCAAGAUUUCCGACCUUCAAGGCGGUCUCGUCCUCAUGCAAUCGCCCAACGUGAGCUCGUGGGCCCUCGCCGGCCACCUCAUUGCCAUGGCCCAGAAUCUUGGCAUGAACUUUGAUUGCAGCGACUGGCAGGUGCCCGACUGGGAACGAGGCGUUCGAAAACGUGUCGCCUGGGCGCUCUUCAUGCAGGACAAAUGGGGGGCACUGGUGUAUGGCCGUGGAUCCCUGUUGCGGGCUGACGACUGGGACGUUCAGCCGCUCACGGCAUCCGAUUUCCCCGAGACGUCCAAGGACGAUGAUCUCGAAGAAGGCAGCGCCGAGAUUGAGAAGGGCAAGCAGACUUUUCUGCACAUGGUGUCUCUGACGGAGAUUGUUGCUGAUAUUCUUGACCAAUUCUUCACGUUACGUGCCACGCGAAGACGACAAACGAUCGAGCAAGUCUUGGAGUCGGCGAAACCACUCCAACUGCGGCUCAAGGCAUGGUUGACAGCGCUGCCAACCGACCUCUCGGUCGGUGACACUGUGCCGCGAAAGCUCUCGUCGGUAGGUUAUCUCCAUUUGGCGUAUUACACGGCCGAGAUAACCCUGCAUCGCGCGAUUCUGCGAUCCCACUCCAUGGCGAGCCCGGCUCCGGACCUAUAUGCCAUCACGCGCCUCGCUGCCAGCACGCGAUUCACAUCGGCCCUAGAUUUUGUCAAGCGCCUCAAGGCCGAGCACCUUCAGAGCUUCUGGUACUUUUCUUCGGGCCUCAGUCUCGCCAUCAUUGGGCUCUUUGCGGGCAUUCUGUGCAUGACGAGUCAGGACAAGGAGGGUGCCGAACGGGAGGCGCUUCUCGCGAAGCUCGCCGAAUACCGCUGGCUUUUGCGCAUCAACAGCACGAGUGCCGAGUUUAUGAAAUACAGCAUCGGCGUGUUGGACGCGAGGAGCCAGCUCAUGGAGCAACAGAUUCCGCUGCAGGCGGUCCUUCACGCGGCGCAAUCGGGCAGGUCAGCCUCGCAGCUUGACCCUGUCGAAUACGGUGAUGGCGAUGACGAUUCGCCCUUUACCGACGACCUGUUGCUGUCUCCUAACGAUGGCGACGAGAUUUGGCAGCAGCAGCAGCAGCAGCAGCAACCGCCGCCGAAUGCUUUUGAGCAGCAUUACUAUGGUUUCGAGGCGUCGGGCCUGGUAGACGCGACGUUAUCGUCAAGCGAGACGCAUCAAUUCUGGAUUGAUGGCGACGGGUGA